CUACAAUCGUUAACCGCUCGUUCCCUUUCUCUUCUUCUUUCUCUUGUUCUCGUUCUUUAUCUGGCACACACACACACACACACACACACAUUAUGUGGAAAAGCUUAUUGUCUUGUUAUCUCGCAUGCUUCCUGUUGCUGUGUCAAGUAGUUCAGGCACAGGAAGAAGGCCAGCAGCAACCUACCACUUUAAAAGGCGGCAUUCUGAAGCCAUCGGACACAUGUCGAACCACAGUGUCACAGAAUGCAAGAGUCAAAAUGCACUUUAUAGCGCGUGCGUGGGACACUGAGGCACCUUUCGAAAAUACGUAUUCCGACAACAAACCUCUUUCGUUUAAACUAGGAAGAGAUAAAUUAAUGGACGGAUUGGAAAAAGGAAUCCAGGGCAUGUGUGAGGGCGAGAUUCGCCGUCUAUUGGUGCCAGCUGAUAUGGCCUUUGGUGAGAUGGGACUACCGGGCAAAAUUCCUCCUAAUUCUGCAGUUGUCUAUGAUGUUGAAAUGCUUCAAGUCGAUACCCCCUUAACCAAUCCAUGGUUUUGGACUGGCUUGGCAGUUAUUGCUGCAAUCUAUGUGUUUGUCAGCCGGAUGGCAUCCCAGGUGGAUAACGCCAAAGCUGAACGAUUCUUGAAAAAGCAACAAGAGGAACAGACAUCAUCAUCAUCAUCAUUAUCGAAUGCAAAGACGAAUGAAUCAUGCAAGUGAGAAACUAUAUCAAUAUAUGUAUAAUCAGGUGCGACUAAAUUGUAAUAAAUUACAUGAAAAAAAGCAAGUAUUUUUUCA